ACACCCUAAACACCCCCUGAAUCCUGGUCCACGCCGUCGGCCGGCGGCUUCCAACGCCGAUCUCGCUCUACCGAAAUCGUCACCGCCGGACAACACAAAAGGCCCGGAAAUUUAUUGCUUCCAUCGUCCUCGCCGUCCCAGCCUCAGUUCGCGGGUCCCUUUUGGUGCGGCAUCGGCGCCAUCGGUUGUUGCAAGAAGAGACGCGGCCGGCGCUGCCACAGGAGACCAGGUGUCCGUCCAAGCGUCCGCGGCAGCCGUACUCGGGAGUUGGGAUUCGUAUCGGCCGGCUUGGGACUUCUGCUUUCACCGGCUUCCCCGUUCGCGGAGUCUCUACCUCAUACGCCCGUUAAUCUAUCUUGUCUUCGAGUGGUUUAUACCCAUGCCAUGAGCCAUGCCUAGCAAGAACUCCGAUUCUGAUAAUCCAGGACCAUCCCGGUUCCGCCGCAUCGUUGAAAGAGGCUUCGCCGGACUCUCUCGCUUGCGCAGUUGCGCUCCCACAACUUUCAAGAAUCUGGCCGUGCCUACGAAGCUUCUCUCCUCCGGUCUCCCAAGAAUCUAGAAGCUAUCCAUGCAGGAGGAGGCGCAGCUGGUUCUCUGCUCCAGUCUCGCAAGAGUAGUAUAGUCUCCCUGUUCCAGUCUCACAAGAAACUAGAAACUAUCCACGCUGGAGGUGCAGCUGGUUUUGGCGUUCGCUCUAGGAUGCAAGAAAUUGAGGACGAAAAUUCCACAAUUGGGGAAAGCCAAAGGCUGCACGCCCUCAAUGAUGAUGAUGAUUUAUGUUUCGGGGUGCAGAGCCUUCUAAAAUCCUCCACAUCCAUGGAUGCCGUGAUCUCCCUGCCAUCUGUGGUGACUGAUAUUGCUGCCUUCACAGCCAAUUCGUUGAAAGAGCUGCAGAUGAAGGAGAAUGGACAGAGAGAGGUGGAUGGAGGGCGCUUGGACACCUUGAUGGGGGUGUCACUUAAGUUGCUCAGCAAGAAAUACCCCUCUGAGAUUCAGUGGCAUGGUGUGAAGAUACUUCUGCACUUGUUGAGAUUUUGGUGGAAUGAAUUCAGCAUCACAGAAUGUGGUAAUCGGGUGGUAGGCUCAAAGAGGACAGUUGCUACUUUAGUAGCAGAGGUAGCUUGGAGACAUGGGAUUUCUGAACUGCAUGAUUUAAUUCCGCACUUGGUAUCUCUAUCUGCAAAAGGUGCCUGUGAGGCUGAGUUAGUUUGCUUCAUUCUAGGAUCAAUGUCAAAUGUUGGAAUUACCUGUGAUGCACUCUUCGAAGUAGGUGGUCGAUCUGAAAUGUUUUUACAUGGCCUUGGUGAAUUUCUUCCACAAAUUUUGCCACUCCUUUGUUCUUUGCUGGAUAAACAUGCUCGAGAUUAUUUUACUGAGAUGUCAAACCAACACAUGGAGGUAGCUAAUCAACAUGAAUGUACCGUCAAAGCUGCCUUAGAUGCUGCUCAUGCUUAUGCGGAGUGGACACCUGUGACUGACCUGACAAAAUAUGGUUUAAUCGAGAGAUGUGGAUCCCUACUCUGUAGCAAUAUUUUUCGCACCCAAGCAUUGCAGUUCUUCAAAUCUAUGUUGCAGAGCAAAAGACCUGUUGGACUUGCAGUCGCAGAAUAUGAUGUUACAGUGAGCAAUGUGUUCCCUAUAUUGAUAAGCAUUUCAGAAGAUCCUUUGAAGUUUAUUGAACCAGAGCGACAAUGUUGGAAAGCUUUGUACCCUUCUUUGGGAUAUCAUACAGUACACGCCAAAGCUUUGUAUAAACAUCUUGAAUCAUUGGAAUCAAUUCCUGCAACACCCGAGUAUCCUUCGAAAUCCGACGAUGGUCUACUGCCAUGCUCAUCUCUAGUUCCUGUAUCUCCAGAGGUUGAUAACAUUUCUUGUCCGUCAGACAUGGAGGAUAUUAUUGAGGGUUAUCACCUUGUUGAAGAGCAUAACAUGCUCUCUGAAGCUUUCAUCUGUGUAGCAUCUUGUCCACGGGUUGAAAACAAUACAGAAUUGCUUUCAUGCAUACUUUUUCCUUUGUCAAAAAUCUGGAAUCAACCAGAGUGGGAGAUAAGCCUGAUGCAUUAUUUUGGCGAUAAUCGGUUCAGGACCUCUGUCCACAGCAUUGCUGUAUUUUUUGAGAAAGAGCUCCAAAAGUGCAUGUCACAAAAAUCUAAUGGAAUUGGCAAAAUGGGAAAUCCAAGCUAUGCAAGUUUGACAACCCUUCUGCCCUUGAUACUUCCCCAACUCUUAAAGCUCCUUCAGUAUGUACAUUCACUCUGGACGGAUGAAGUUGCUUCUGACCUAUCAGAAGAGAUUGAAGAAGCUAAAUUCGUUAUGUGCUCUGGGGACUCUUCUAGUUUAGAAAAUGAGAUUAGAGUGUGGCUACAAAACAUCCGUGAAACUGGGUACAUGGUCAUAGGUAGUUGUUCAUAUCUUGAGGGGGCAUUUGACAAUGUGUUGGAUAGCACAUUUGUUUGUGGUGCCUUAAUGAAGAAUCUUGAGUCAAUGGAGUUUCGCCACCUGACAUGGUUUAUCAAGUAUACCAUCAUCCCAUUAGUGAAGAACUGUCCUUCCGGACUUUGGCCAACAUGGAUAGAUAUGCUCCUAAAGCCAGUGUUUCACUAUUGUGACUAUACACUAUAUAGUUCGUGGUGUCAUCUCUUGUACAAGAACACAGUGCAGGUUCCUGAUAACUUUGGUGAUAUUUCUAUCUCAAAAGAAGAGGCUGAUGAAUUAGGAAUGGAUCUUAUUUUCAAAUUGACUCGUGAAGUAUCCAAUUUGCUUGCUGCAAUGGCAUUGCCGAAAUUAAAUGGUGGGAUAGCACAUGAACACACAUCUACUAUGCACAAAGCAACAUCUGAAGAUUUGGAGUCUGUUUUCUCAACCUCCCUUGUUGGGUAUCUUUUAUACAAUGAUGACCUUAGUGAUUCAAUACUAAGGUUUAUCGCUUAUAUUUUUGGAUAUUGGACCGAUGGUGUAGCAAGGAUUACCGCUGCUUCAUUUUGCCACAAUUUGAUCCGAGUUGCUACUGUGAUGCACAGUGACAAACUUAUCUCGUUUGUUAAAGAUGACAUAAUUCCCAACGUCAUCCGAUGCCUAGCUCUUGAGCCGGGUUUAGACAGAGACAGUGAGAGUAAUCAUAUGAGAUGUGACACUGACAGUGGUAGUGACAACAAAUCUGCGAGAAGCGGAAGUGAUAUUCUUACUGAUCUUUGUUAUGAUGCAUGUCGCUGUACUCAAGAUCAGGGAUUAUUAGAGGAAGGUACAUGUGAUGUGAGCAAUGCAGAAACCUUUAGGAAAUGGUUGUCAAAUGAGGUAGAAGCGGCUCGUUGUAAGAAUAAAUCUGUUGAUGAACUUGAAGAAACUAGUGAUGAACCUGAAGAACUUCCUUGGAUUUGGGAGAUAGAAGAAGAGUUCAUAGGUUAUCUUCCUACUUAUACUGGCAUCCUACAUGGAUUGGAUGUUUAUGUUGAUAACAUUAAGCCAUUCCAAGCUGACUCGGUGGAUUUUUUGGAACAUUUGCAACCUUUUGCACAGAAUUACAUCAAUAAGAUGAACAGUGCCUUUAAUUAUUAUGAAGCAAAAGAACAAGCAAAGUUGCAUCUAGAGUUUGAUACGGAGUUAGCUUCAGGCACUUUAGAUGAGUAUGUCCGUAAGGUUAGAUCAUCAAAGGGUGGUUUUCUCAAUAACACCCUUGAUAAUGAUAUUAUUGGUGGCCACUUUCAGAAUCUGGAUUGCAAACUCCGUGAAAAGUCACUUGAGCGAAGAGAUCAACUUUUCGAAGAGGAAGAUCGACUAUGCUUAUAUGUCAAACAUAUGGAAAAUAUCAUUGGAAAUGAACAGCUAAUAAAUAGACUUCAAAGUUUGAUUGAUGAGCUGGACGCAGAGCAUUUUUUCUUGGUGGAUGAUGAUAUUGAAUGGGGGAAGAAACGGUUUUCAGACCUCAUAGAUAAAUUUGAGGAGGAUGUCUUUGCUGGGCUUCACCUUCCAAAAUGUUAUGUUAUUCGGGGAAUUAUGGAUCUUCGGCAAAUGUUAUGUAUGAAGGAUAGAACUCUGAUAGAUGCUUUCACAGCGGUUGUUGGUGGACAAUCUGAGAGGUGGAUGAAAAGCCGUGAUCUGUUUUGGAUGGACACAAGAUACUAUGAGCAUGACCACUAUAGUGUUAUUAAAGAUCCAUUGAGGAAGAUAUGGAUGAAAAAGCACGGGCAGCAAAUUCAACAUGGUACAGGCAAUGAAUGAUGUUUCAUCAUCUUUCUUUCUCGUUUGUACCUUUGUAGACUGACUAGCUUUCUACGGGGUGAUUGUGAUGCUUUUUUUCCUGAUAUAAAUGUAACCAGGCAAUUACUGUGAAGUAAUGCAGUUGCUAACUAAAUUUGUGAUUUGUAAUGAAAUCAAUUCAUGUUAA